GGACACUUACAAAAGGGCACAACAGACCUGAGUCCAUCUCUUUCUAUCAGCACACUCACAAAAGGGUCCAGCUGAUCUGAGUCCAUCUCUUUCUAUCAGCACACUCACAAAAGGGUCCAGCUGAUCUAAAGUCCAUCUCUUUGGAGUCAGUGCUGUAGACAGCGGAUCAUGGCUGAGGGGGGUUUUGAGAGAAUGGACAAUGUCGAAGAAAGAAGGUCUCAAGAUGACGAAAUAUUUACCAGAAAGAUGUUCAACAUGAUGCACAUAUCCAGAGAUAGUAAGAAAGGAUUCUACAAGCUGGCUAUGGUGUGUUUGGGACUUCUGUGUGUGAUUCUACUUAUUGUCAUCAUAUCACACAAAUCACACAACAGCAAUGACAACAUGAGUGAUGGGAGAUUUCAACCACAAACCUCUGACAACUUGACCCAUGAAACCAGUUACAGCAACCUGAAGAAACAGAUGGACCUCUUGCUUACCAGUCACAACACCCUGAUCCAAGAUAAUUCCCAGCUUCUGACCCGUUACAACAACCUGACUGACAACAUAAACAUCAUGCAGACGGGUUACAACAAUCUGAUCUUACAGAAGUUACAGUUAGAUGACAAAUGUAACAAUCUGGCCAAAGACAAAGAACAUCUAGAGACCAACUACAACAACUUGACCAGGCAACGGACCAAAUUUGAUUCAAGGCUCGCAGAUGGAUGGAUUGCCAGAAAAUUGAGUCUCUACAAAGUCAGCAGUGAGGAGAAAUCCUGGGCUGAGAGCAGAAAAAGCUGUUUAAACAUGGGGGCAGACCUGGUGAUUGUGAAUGACAAAGAUGAGCAGGUAUUUUUAUUGCCAUACAAGAGUUACUGGAUUGGACUUUCAGAUACUCAAGAGGAGGGAGUCUGGAGAUGGGUGGAUGGCACAGCCCUGACAGGAGGGUACUGGGCUCCUGGUGAGCCUAAUAAUGCAGGGGGUGAAGACUGUGCAGAAAUCUCUUCAAGAGCUUCAAAGCCAAACCAAGCUUGGAAUGACGUUCCGUGUUCUAAGGCAUGUCUGUUCAUAUGUGAGGACCGUAUUUGAGAACUACUAUUAAUCUCCCUUGCCUGAGUCAAUGUCUGUGUAUGAGCAUAAUGGCACAAUGUACAACUCUUAUGUAAUCAGGAAAUGCAAUACAAAGGGCAAUGUCUUAGGCCCAUCCUCUGUGCCCAGAAGCAGUUGGCUAGUAUGUAGGUCUGCUACGUAUGUGGACGAAGGUGUGACUUUGCUGAAAUUAAUUCCUCUCGUGGCACAAAUAUAAUAAGAUGAAGUAUAUCCACAUGAUUUUAACACAAGCCUUUGACAGAGAGUAUGAUCAUUUUUUUUCAAUGAUUUAAAUAAAUGUUCUUGUUCCUUACAGAAAUA